AUGUUAACUCUAAUUAGCCAAGUCAGAAGUGCUUUUCGCUGGGGAAGAAAUCUGGUUCCCAUGGAAAAACGUAAUGUUUAUGUUGUUUAUGGAAUAGCAUUAGUAGGUGUCACUCUAGAUAAUAUGAAUAAUGCAGCCAUCAUCACCUUGCAAAAAGAUUUAGAAGAGAAAUUCAAUACAAACUCCUCGGUUGCUUCUUGGGUGUUGUCUGGGUAUGCGUUGACUCUAGGCUCCUUUAUAAUGAUAACCGGGAAGAUUGCCGAUAUAAUUGGACCAGACACUGUUUAUUUGAUUGGAUUAGGAAUUAUGUGGAUUACGUCUCUAAUUUGUGCCUUGCUCCCACACACAUCAAUAAUUCCAUUGAUUGUUUUCAGGGCUAUUCAGGGUAUAGGUGCGUCUUCACUUCUACCUUCUGUUCUAUCUUUAAUGGCUAACUAUUUUUCCGGUCCUAAGCUCAAGCAUUUGCAGGGGGCUAUUUCUGCUUUAUUAAUUGCAUUGACAUCAAUUUUUAGUAUUGGUUUGAUUCUAGGAGGUGCUUUUUCAGUAACUGAUAUUGGAUAUAGGGCAUAUUUCUGGUUCACUUUUUCAUUAGCUUUGCUUUGUGAUAUUUCAUUAUUCUUUUUAAUUAUUCCAGUGAAAAAAACCAAAGGACAUGAAUCUUUAAACAUGAAAAGUCUUAACUACAUUUCCGCAAGUUUAGUUAUUAUUGGUGUUCUUUUGGUUAUUCUUGGUUUAACGGAAGGUGCCUUAGGAUGGAAACAUGCAAAAGCCAUUGCACCCUUGAUAGUUGGGGUUUUUAUUGUGAUCGUGGCUCUGGUUUUCGAUAGUUUCUAUUUGAAGCGGUAUCAGGAAAAACAUUCUAACAAAGAAAAAUCAUCAGAUUGGAGACUACAAAUUGACCUGUUGUUUCCACCAGAAAUCAUUAAAAUCCCUAAUGUUGCUGUCUUUAUAAUCUGUUGCAGUCUUUACUAUGCAAUAAUGCUUAUGGUUAUGGUAACCGCAGUUAUGUUUUAUCAAGACAUCGAACACAACUCACCAAUUAUAACUGCAUUGAAGGUCUCUCCCUUAGGUUUUGGUUUGGCAUUUGGAGCUAUUAUUUACAGGCCGUGGAUGUACGAGAAAUUUGAUGGCAAUAAAUUAUUUGUGUACUCUGGUGCUUUAACAUUAGGUACGUUGAUCUGGUUUUCUCGGAUUCAUUAUGCCGCAUCUAACUCGUUUUGGAAAUACGGUUUUGUAUCCCUUUUUUUGUGGGGUUAUGGUUGUAACUUGUUUUUUAACAUUUACAUGAAAAUUGUUGUUGAUUUUACACCUCUUCAUUUGCAAGGGGUAGUUAAUGGAAUUUUUCAAACAGUUUCGCAAGUCUUCUUGAGUAUUGGUAAUGCACUCGUACCUUCAAUCAUAGGGAACGUUACUACCGCCCAUUCUAAUGAGGAAAAGAAUGAUUUGCAAAAUAGACUAAAAACAAUCUUGUAUGUAGCAAUGGGCUUUAAUGCAACUUUUUUGCUGCUGUGCUUUUUGGUUAAAACAGUGAAAAAAGUUGAUCGGGAAACUGUUGAAAACCAAGACAAGAAAGGGAAUUUUAACGGAUUUGAUGAUCAAGAGAAGCAAAUUGUGUGCAUACCUGAAGAAUCUUGUAAUGACAGUUCCCUUUCAUCUAAAAUAAACAAAAAUGAAGCUGAGUAA